GCCCUUUCCCGUGGCAUAUACUAGUAUCAGCUUAAUUCACAUCAAUUUGAGUUUGGAUUCUAGAGAGAGAGAGAGAGAAGAUGCUGGCGAUAUUUCACAAGGCGUUUGCGAAUCCACCGGAGGAGCUGAACAGCCCCGCAUCCAGGAAACAGAAGCUGCCGGAUGAGACUCUCGAAGACUUCCUCAAUUCUCACCACCCUCGCACUAAUACCUUCUCAAUGAGCUUCGGACAAGCCGCCGCUCUCGCUUACGUUCGCCCGGACACCCCUUUCUCCCUUCAUCAGCGGAUGUUUUGUGGGCUGGAUGAUAUAUACUGCCUCUUCCUUGGGAGCUUGAACAACCUCUGCUCCCUGAUCAAACAAUAUGGGCUAUCAAAGGGCACAAACGAGGCCAUGUUUGUGAUCGAAGCUUACCGGACACUGCGCGACAGGGGCCCGUAUCCAGCCGAUCAGGUCAUGAAGGAACUGGAGGGAAGUUUCUCCUUUGUUGUUUACGAUAGCAAAGCCGGCACUGUUUUUGCUGCGCUGGGUUCUGAUGGCGGGGCUAAGCUGUACUGGGGGAUUGCUGCUGAUGGGUCUGUGGUUAUUUCUGAUGAUUUGGAGGUCAUUAAAGCUGGCUGUGACAAAUCUUUUGCUCCCUUCCCUAAAGGUUGCAUGUUCCACAGUGAAGGAGGGUUGAUGAGUUUCGAGCAUCCGAUGAACAAGAUGAAAGCAAUGCCGAGGAUCGACAGCGAAGGGGCAAUGUGUGGAGCCAAUUUCAAGGUGGACGUCUACACCAGGGUUAACAGCAUCCCUCGCAGAGGAAGCGAGACCAAUUGGACCGAUUGGGACUCUUCCCAUUAACCUCUUGAAAUAAGCCCGUUGUUGAUGUUGUUCACUUCACUUUGAAGAAGCUUCUCUCUUUUCGUUGCGUUUUCUGAUGUCCUUCGACAGCUCAGAGUGUACAUAUUCUUGGAUUUUCGAAAUAAUUCAGCAUUUCACGUUUCCAAAAUA